AUGGCAACAGAACAGACCUAUUCCAUUUGUGAAGCAAGAGAAAAGGAAAUGGUUUCCACAAAAGAUGGGAAUAUUACAAGGAGAAUUGGUAGGUUCCUCAAACCAUUUGUUAGAUAUUCCUACCAAGCUGUUAAGGUUCCAAAUGUUCCCUUACUAUCUGAAAUUUUCUCUCACAACAAUAGCCAAUCAUGGCAUUCAAAAGUUCAUUUCAAAGGGUGGAAGCAGCCCAAAAAAAAAUGGGAUGAGUGGAUAGAAAAAAUAGCUGUAAAAUAUGUUCACAAACAGAAUCAAGCUGGCAUAUGUGAUGCUAUCAUGAGUUCUCGUUAUGAAACACAAUGUAGCCGCGAUUUGGUUCCUGGGUUAGUGGAGUUCUGGUGUCCAAAAACUAAUACUUUUGUAUUCCCGUGGGGAGAAGGAACAGUAACCCUCAAAGAUGUUAUGAUUCUUGGUGGGUUUCCGGUACUCGGAGAGCUAGUAACUAGUCCUCUUUUAGAGGAGUUGGUGAGAGUAGAGGAAGAGAUGAAGAAAAUAUGGAAGGAAUUUUCCAAAAGCAAGUCUAAAAGGGCUAACUAUGGUGCUUGGAUCAAGCACUUCAUGGUGAAUGAGAAUGAGUUUGAACAUGUAGCAUUUCUUUCUAUGUGGCUGUCAAGGUAUGUUUUUCCUUCACUUCCUGAUGACAUUGUUGGGAGUCAUGUAUUUCCUAUAGCCGCUCAUUUGUCUAGAGGGACUAAAAUUGCACUGGCCCCUACAGUGCUUGCUAGUCUUUAUCAGAACUUGAGGUUGUUGAAAGAAAAUGCAAUGGCCUCUUUAGAGCAUCAGCACUCCACAAUGCUAAACCCAAAUGUAAGGAAAAUUUACCAUUUCAAGCCUUAA